GCUCUCUCACUUGGCAAUCAGAAUUCACAGCUGACGGACGCGGUUUCUUCCCUCCAAUCGGCAAAGUGCGUGAAACUCAGUUUUUAGCUUAUUAGCUGUUGUAUAUAAUAUAUCAAUCAAUCGACUACCUCAACGACUUUAACGGACCACUAAGUGUGCCUAAACUUAACUUGUUUUAGAGCCGUUGUAAAUCAUAAAACAUUCCAAAAUUUCGUGUGAUAAUCAGAAGGUUUUGGUGUGGUGCGUGAGUUCGAAAGCUUCGAGUGUUUUGUUUAUGAAAAGCUCUAUUGACUAGCGCGUGCUGGCUGCGGGAGCUUCAUUAAGUGAGAGUUGGUUGUUGGAUUUGUUGGCUUUGUUUGAACGUUGGCAACAUCGUCGCCGUUAUGGAUUCACCUACACCGCCAAUUGUCAUCGAAGAUUCAAACGGUUCAGCAAUGGACGCCUGUUUCACGGCAUUCGAUAAAGAUGGCGAUGACCGCCUCAAUCUGGCUGAGUUCUCGAUAAUAUGUCGAGCCCUGUUCCGCAAUGACAAGGGACAUAUCUACGACGUGCCGCCGGAACGCCUAGAGCAGAUAUUUGCCGUUUUCGAUACGAAUGGCGAUGGCUUCAUCGACCGGGAGGAGUUUAAAUUCUGUUGGAAUCAAUGGAUAAAAACGAUUGUGCGACCGGUGAACGCGUUCCUCAUUGUUGAUGUACAAAAUGAUUUUAUAAGUGGUUCCUUGGAUAUAAGUAAUUGCAGUGCACAGCAGCAAGGACACGAGAUACUGGAGCCCAUCAACAAGCUGCUGGAUACGGUUGACUUUGAUGCCGUCUUUUAUUCAUUGGACUGGCAUCCCAGCGAUCAUGUUUCAUUUAUUGAUAAUGUCAAAAUGCGACCCAUGGACGAGUCCUCGGCGUUGGAUGCGGAUUCCGCCCAAGUCUUCGACACGGUUAUCUUUGCCGGUCCGCCGCCGAUGAAGCAGCGUCUGUGGCCCCGCCAUUGCGUCCAAGAUUCCUGGGGUGCCGAGUUGCACAAGGACCUAAAGGUGGUGGAUCACGGUAUCAAGGUGUACAAGGGCACCAAUCCGGAGGUGGACUCGUAUUCGGUCUUUUGGGACAACAAGAAGUUGUCGGAUACCACGCUGAAUGCACAGCUGAAGAUGAAGGGCGCCACGGACAUAUACGUGUGCGGCCUGGCCUACGAUGUGUGCGUGGGUGCCACGGCCGUGGACGCGCUCUCCGCAGGAUAUCGGACCAUACUCAUUGACGACUGCUGCCGGGGUACGGAUUUUCAUGACAUCGAGCACACAAAGGAGAAGGUGGUCACCAGGGACGGCGUCAUUGUUCACACCGCCGAUGUGAAGGCUAUGGCUGAGGGACGAGAUCGCCGCCCCGAAUUGGGCUACAAACUGGCCAUGGAGCUUAAGAGCCCCGACUCGGUUCUUUCGCAACGCAACGGCUUUAGACCCACAUAUUAAAUUCCAAGGAAUUCUCGAAAAACAUCACGCUAGGCUUAUCUUCAUGGUGAAAAAAGACAAACGGCUUUCAUGUAGCUUACGGUUAGAGCGAUUCGAUUAAUUUAGUUUAGAACGAACACCUGUGAAGUGCCUUUGUAGUUGGGCUAGCUUUUGCUAAAUACAUUCUAGAAUGGUAAACUCUUUUUUAAGCCUGUUAUCCAUGUGGAUUUUACAUGACAUUAAAGUACUUAAAAACCCGAAAACUUAAACUUAAAGUGCAACAUUCUUGCCCCAUAUAUAAUAACCCAAUUAAAAACAUGGUUUAAGUAUUAUGAAGCUCUCUGUAACCCAAGCACCUUUAAAUAUAAUUCCAACAGUAAACAAAACAAA